GAGCGGAUGGACGUUCGUACAGCGCGCGGGUGUUGUCCGUGUCGUGGUCGUCGACCGUCGUGGGUGGACAUGUCGCGUCGCGCAGCCGGCGCAGCGGCGGAACGAAGUUCGAGAUCAAUAAGGAUCGCGGCGACGUCGCGCAUGACUGAAUUAUUUUGCGAAUUGCAACAAUUCCCGGAGGAGGUUAUGACGACGACCGGGGACCCAGGUCGAUCCCAUAUGAUCUCGUCGUCUGGCUCGCGGGACGGAUAGAAAGCGGCACCGGUGCUCACGGUCCUCGGGGCGGGCAACGACGACGGCGAGACGAUGUUCGAGGGGGCGAUAGCGGCAUUUUUGAAUCGCCUGCUGGGCAGGUAUGUGGAGGACCUGGACACGGAGCAAUUCAACGUCGGCAUUUUUUCCGGAGAUACGUGCCUCACCGACCUGAAACUGAAGCCGGAGGCUCUGUAUCAACUGGGAUUACCUAUUAGAAUAGAGAUUGGCUUGAUAGGAAAAAUUAUUUUGAAAAUACCGUGGUCUGGACUCUUCUCGCAGCCCAUUGUGAUAUGCAUAGAGGAUGUAUACGCAGUAGCAGUACCUGCAUUAUCCGGUCCAUAUGACCCAGAAAUACAAAAACGUUUGAUGAGAGCGGAAAAAAAGAAGAUACUAGAUGACCUUAAGGAAGAUGAAAUAUUUAGAGCUGGUCUACCUCCUCAACUAUUCGAUGGUCUAUUGGCGUCAGUAACGAAGAACUUUCAGAUUACUAUAAAUAAUGUACAUAUUAGAUACGAAGAGAAAAUAUUGCGCAACUUCCUGUGUGCCUGCGGUAUAUGUAUACAAAGUAUUUCCAUAACGACUACUAACAACAAAUGGAAGCCCGGGGUAUGUGCUACAAACUCGCAAACGGUGUACCAGCUUGUACGCGCGGAAUCGCUCAGCGUGUACAUGGAUCACGACACGGAGUCCUGCAUAAAUGUCCAGGGUAACUGGGACAUGUCCAGUCUGCUUGCGUGGAAGAUCACGAUGCACAGGGCCCUGCAGACGUUCGGGAUGAAUAACAAGGAGUUUCAGUUUUUGCUGAAGCCCUUCACGGCCAAGAUUAAAAUCAUUAUACACAAGGGUACGGAAACGCAAGUUUCACGUAUGUUAGUCGAUAUUGUGCUCCAGGAUGUAGCGAUGCAGUUGUCCGAAGCCCAAUACGCUACAUUUUGUCACAUUUAUGAUUCUUUGCUACGCGCGACUGUUAACAGGCCAUAUGUUAAAUAUCGUCCUGAGAAGAGUGUGUACGAGGAACCGUCGUCUUGGUGGAAGUACGCGUACAAUUUUGUUUUGAAUCACUAUAUCAAGCCGUACACUUGGUCGCAUAUAGUCCAACACAGAAGAAAUUACAGAAAGUACAAGGAGGCGUGUAUCCAGAGUUUGCAGCGGCCAAACGAUACAGAAUUAAAACUGGAUAUGCAAAAACACGAGGACAGUCUGACAAUAUUAAAUAUAGUGAUUGCGAGAGAGCACGCUAGGCAGGAAUUGAGAAACAAGGACAUUGAGCGAGAGUGCCAAAUCACAACAACAAGCCCGUCGAAAGCUGUCAAUGCAGAAACCAUAUUACCGGAUCAAGCGCAAAAUGUGACAAAUCAAUGCAGCACGGAUGAACAUCAAAACUCAUUGCCAGUUGUAACGGGAAAUUCGCCCGUUUCGAAGAUAAAAUCGGGAAAGAUGCUGAAACAGAUCGAUUAUAAGUUAAAUUUUACUUUGGCAAAUUGUUGUCUGAGCCUCCUGAGCAAAGGCAAGGAAAUGCUGAUCAUAACAGUCACGCAAUUUCUGACAAGUAUUGAGGCACGGCCUAUGCUGUUAGCUUUCAAGAUAUCCGUUCGUGCUGAAAGUUUUGUGAUUGAGGCUAUAUCAACUGAUGGCGAUUUGGUUCCUCUGAUUACAGUGGAUAAUAUGUUAACAGGGAAUGUAUCCACAUACUUUUUGGCGAUAGAUUUUGAGAAGAAUGGAUUGAAUAUGGAUCCUAUUUUUGAAGUAGCCAUAAAGCUGGAAGCUAUCGAAGUGACUUAUCAUCAUUUUGCCAUAGUGGAAAUUAUAAAUUUUUUCAAAUUUAACACCAAUUACCUUCACAACACGAUUCGCGGAGUGUACAGUCUGUGGGACUGCGUCAAGAGAAGAUGUUUGAAUUUUGCGGACGAUAUCAUCUCGCAGACAUUGAGAAUCAGCUUCAAAAUAGACAUCAAAAGUCCUUAUAUUAUAUUUCCCGAACAUGGAUCAAUUCAAAAAGGAGGGCAUAUACUCGUCCUGGAUCUCGGUAACAUAACGCUAACCAACGAGCUUCAAGCAACGAAUUUGCAAUUGGAGGACGCCACUCUCAUGGAACUGGAAGAAUUGCUCUACGACAGGCUCAACAUGAUGUUCUCCGGCGCGCAGAUUUUAUUUUGUCACUCAGGCGACGAUUGGCGCUCGGCGAGAAAACGGAGUGAUUCGGAGUAUCAUUUGCUACCUAAGCUGCAAGCAAAUGUGACUCUUUCGUACAGUAUUAGACCCGAAUAUCGUCAGCUACCACGGACAAAACUCAACGUAAACAUCUCGAACGUGAAAUUCAAUCUGUCAGAAAAUAAACUGCGACUGCUGGCAUAUUUCCUGAAUAAAUUGCUAGUGCUAUACGAAAACAAUAUUGAGAAGUAUAAAGCUACCAUAAAGAGCUCGAUUUCCGGACGAAAAUCGAGCAUUGUUUUCAUUUCAACGAAAGAAUUGAUGAAAGUACAAUCCAGCGUAUGCUUGCCAUCCGUCAUAAUGAUGCAUAGUGAUUUUAACCCUAUCGUUAAGGAAGUUGUAACUAAUAAUGUACCAAAGCUUGACAGGAGUGUCGUCUCGUCGGAAGUUAGCGAAGAGGACUUGGAGUUACUAUCUAAAACGAUUAACUUGUCCGGAUUUGACGAUAAUAUAUCUCCGUGUAAUCACAUCAAUUUGUUACUUCGAUUUGCCGUAGGGGAGUUCUCCGUAAAUCUGGAAGACAUGGCGGACAGCCGAGAGCAACCUUACUUGAAUUUGAGAUUGCACACCUUGUACUACGAAACGGCGAUAAUGGAGUACGGUGUUGCCGUUCAGUUCGGCAUUGGAUCGAUUUUCCUGGUCGAUAAGACAAACGCUGGCGUAACCGGAUCGUAUUUGGAAUUGAUAUCCACCGACGAGUCGUACGAGGUUCUCGUUGUGUCGUAUCGUAAGGUUAAAUCAAAUUGCCCCGAUUUCAAGUCUCACUUUAAAAAUAUUGAACGCUCGCUGAUUGUGAAUCUGCUGAAUAUUAACGUGAAUUUUCACAGAUCCGCCUUGUUGAAAAUGAAAGACUACUGGCAUAAGUUUCAAACCGUGUGUCACGGUACUCUCUUAUUAAAGUACGCCGAGAAGAUGUACAAUAAUAUUAUGAAGCGGGAACAGAGAGACAUUGAUCCACCCAUCCCACCAGGCGCAAUUAAACUGAACUAUUCAACCAGGCUCAGCUCGUUGGUGGUGCGAUUCUGCGAUAAAGACAUAGAUUUAAUGGAAAUUAAAAUUUUGGGCUUGGAAAAUGAUUGCAUUUACAAUGCGAACGAGAGAAUGGUGUUGCGCGCACAUCUCAGGAGCAUACUCGCUGAAGAUUUAAUUGAUGAUACGCUUUAUUCCAAAAUUUUGACAACUGACGAAGAUAAAGUUUUCGAUCUAAAAUACGUGAGACACAUACCAAGAUUAUAUAAAUGCUCGGAUAUCGAUACAAAUCAAGACGACGUGAUGUCGGAUGGCACUUUCAAGCUUUCCAUUGGACGAAUAAAUUGCGUGAUCAUUUCCAAAAUUCUAUACGAUUUACGGAAUUUCAUAAUACCGUUUACUUCCACGUAUUAUACGCGUUUCUUAUACUACUUGAAAAAUACAUUCGUCGGAGGGAUCGAAUUAUUUAAGAGGAGCGCGACGAAAUUGCAUAUUUUUGUCGACAUACAAGGGCCUACUUUUUUACUGCCACAGAAGAAGGAUGCCCCGAGUCUCUUGGUUUUUGAUACAGGCGUAUUAUCGGUUGAAAAUUUUUUUAAGAAUAGUGGACAGCCAGCACAAUCGAAUAAAGCGACCGCUAGCGAUAGUCAACUAAUAAUCGAUAACAUUUUGGUAAAGUUGAAAUCUAUGACUGUGUCUAGAGCAAUAAUGACUCUGACUCGAGAUUUAGAAGUCCAGGAACCCAUUAUUGAACCUAUACAAAUUCAGUUCGAUAUCAAGAGAAAAACGGAGUACCGUAGCAUUAUUGAAUUUCACACUUAUGGUUUAUUCAACGUGCAAGGAGUUGUCGACGUCGUGAAUAUAAAUUUGAGUCAGAGGGACCUCAAGUCCCUUAUAUCGGUGUGGCAAGAUAAUAUUUCUAAGAUAUCGUUACUUAAGAAAGUCGGCGAGAACGAAGAUAGAAUUUCAACGCAAGACUCGCAAAAGAGUGCUAACCAUGACGACGUUAUGGUGAAGAAACUGGAGAACUUCUUAACGCACAAUGAAACAGCAGUAUGCGAAGUCAAUAUAAAGCUUACGUUGGAGGGUUUGCAAUUAAAUUUGUUUAUGGAUACAGAAGAGGUCUUGAGUUCUCCUGUGCGCGAUUUAAAUCACGGUUUGUGCAAACUGAGCUUCGGAGAAACUAUAAACACUUGGGACUUUUAUAGCGAUAAGAGUCUGAAAAUGAAAUUGUCUCUGCAAAGCUGCUUGUUGCAGGACACUCGCAAGGAUUCGGUCGUUGAGAAAAGGAUAAUACAAUCGCCGGCGAUAUCCUUAGAAAAGAACUUGGAGUCCUGUAUUUCUGUGUCGAUGUCUCCUAUAGUCGACGUCACGUACAGUCGUACUCAAGCGGAGGAAAAGUGUUUCGAUGUUCUUAUUCAGGAUAUAAGAAUUAAUUUGUCUGUGCCUUUCUUGAUGCACUUGGGACGUUAUUUCCUAGAUUCCUUACCCGGCGAGCAGAUAGAGAAAGGAAUUAUCAAUCACGGAUAUGAUAAUAAUAACCAGAUGAACCGGAAUGCUUUAAAUGCAGAAAUUGACAAAUUAAAUCGCUCCCAAUAUUUUAAGGAGCAACCAGGUACUUCUAUAUCAAUUAGAAUACAAAAGCCGGACAUAUUUCUAUUCGGUGACUUAGAGAAGAGUAGCACGCACGUGAUACGAAUGCAGGCGGAAGUGUUCAUCGAAAGUAGUAGGCACAGCCGGUCCUCCUCGAUAGUUGGCACGCUGACCAACGUCAAUGCCAAGACUAAAGGACAGGGGAAUUACGAGUCUCCGUGUUGGUUGCUACGUCCCUGUGAUAUAGAAAUUUGUAAAAAGAAAUUGUCCUGCGGUAAUGAAGAAAUUACUAUUACUAUAAACAGUAUUAGUAUACAUCUAUCCGCGGAAGUGAUCCAUACGUUUAUCGACAUAUUGAACGAUGCAUCGACUUUCCUCAACAGUAUUAAUUCGAAAGCAGACGCCAGUAAUCAGAACGCAAACGUGCACAACAAUCUUUGGAUACCGAGAAAAGUUUCUAGUAUACCGUAUAAAAAAACUGAAGUCACGGAACUGUAUCGUCGCCGCAACGAUCAUGUAACAUUCAAUUUGAGACCCGUGCUAAUAUGUCUACUGCUGGAAAUGGAGUACGCCGUGGGAAGAUUUCCGGUAAUGAGAAUGGAGACUGUCAUCGCCGCUACCGUUAACGAUUGGCGCAACAACUUCCACCUCGAGUCCAAUGUAAAACUACACGCGUUCUGCUACAAUAGAGCUCGCCAGAAUUGGGAGCCUUUCGUGGAAUUUCACACGAAAGACGACGUGAACUACAAACCAUGGGAAUUCACUGUCAAGACAUAUCGAGGCGAAGCGAAUAUGAUUAGCUCUAAUUGGACGGAUCCUUGCCAUCAUAUAAAGCAAGAUCCAGUAAAAGCGAGAAAGAGAUACACGCAGUUCCAUGGGGAGGAUAUGACAGAUAUGACGUUUAUUGGACCUGACGCCGAUGUGAUCUCGAUCACAAGAAAAGAGCCCGAAACCUAUGCUACAUACGAGGACGAGUCCGACACGGAUGAUGACGAGUGCGACACGAAAUUCACGAGGAUUUCGAGUUAUUUAUUCAAUAAUGACAGCGACGACGAGGAAAGCGAUUCCGACGACUCGAGUACAAACGACGAUGAGGAAUUUGAAUUGAUUCUGGAUUGCAAUCCUGAAUGCUGUAAUCCCCCCGCGCGUGCACCGACGAAAACGAAUCUCACCGCGCCAUAUAUUAUCGUGUAUUCGGAGGAGAAAGUUAACAUUACCAUAACGCAAGACAUGAUCGCGACGUGGAACGCGAUCUCGAACGCGUUCACGCAAGCGAGGGGUGGAAUCCCGUUUGUACCCGCCAACACGCGGGAAUUGACCGUGCUGAACGACAUAGGUCACGCGAGUCGAGUGGAGUUGCUGGUCCAAGAGCAGGUGGACGGAAAGAACGACACGCGCGUCAUAGCCGCGUACACCUUUCACGACGGCAGCUCGCCGGUCAGCGUGCCGAGCAGUCCUGAGAACGAGCAGCAGGCGGAUCUCACGAGUCCCCAGUGGGCCGGCAAGGAGACCGCUGUGACCGCGUCGGAGUGCAAAGUAUUCCCGACCGACUCGCCGGUGAACAUCUACAAAUCGAUAACCGGCGAACUCCUACGUGUCGUCUUUGAAGGUUUCGAAGACGUGUUGGUGUAUUGCCCGAAGAAGGAAACGCGCAAUCUCGUGUCACUUCGUCCAGUGAGACACGAGGUUCGUUACUACCUGGUGAUAGAGGCGUCGAUAAACAGCUACUUGCACCGGACGAUUUGCGUGCGAUCUCCGUUACAGUUUCGAAACGAAACGUCAUACGCGUUGGGACUUUAUUACAAGAAAGCGGUGAUAGACAGAUUGGGCCUGACGCUAACCGGCGAGACCACGAAUCCUUUCGAUCAUAAUGUGAGAAUGGCGAUCAUAGAGCCUGAUGCAACUUAUAACAUCCCUCUGUACAUCGCUUAUCAUUGCCCGAUACACGUUCUUCCUGCGUAUCUAGAGAAAUAUCAAGUCAGUGACGAAGGGAUUUAUUGGAAAGAUUUGAGGGGUACAGCAAAUGCAUUUAAAGACGUAUGCUGCGAGGCAAAGGGCGACAAUAAUCGUAAUGUAUUCUGUGUCAGGGCGAUAUGCACGGAACUGCCGUUAACGACUCGUCCCUCAGGCUGUCAAGUGCCGAAUUACUUGAUAAAUAUCGUACCGCCUAUCAUUUUCAAUAAUCAGCUACCCUUCGUUAUCGAUGUCAGUAUACCUGCCAUCAAUUACGAGGUGAAAAUCGAACCCGGGGAGAAAAUAAAUAUGCACUCUCUGAAUCACAGCAACAACGUGCAGUUUGUUUUCAAGGUGCACAAUUAUUUAGGCAUGUCUUGGUUGGGCGCGGUAAAACUAAAUAUGAAUCUCGAGCGCAAGUUCGUGUUAAUGUCUACAGAUAGCGAGUCGGACUUGAUGAAGCCCUUCUUGCUGUGCUUGGAAUUGUGCAAAAUUCUCAGUUGGAACGUUAUUAUACAGUCGCAGUAUUGGAUAAUAAAUAAGUCCGGCUUGCCGUUAUUUAUCCAGGACUGCCAUUCUCAUAUAACGUACGAGAUGCCGGAGGAAGAGUUAAUGGUAUUCUCCCAGAAGAACAAUAAAAAGAGCCUGGUGCGAUUAAGGGCCCAUCAAUCCGAGUGGUCAAUGCCAUUUGGACUGGACGGGAUCACGUCGAUGUCGUUGAUCGUAUGUCGCGAUAUCGAACGCGGGCGAAAGUAUCAGAUUUUAACGGAGAUAGAGAGCUCCCGUUUGUCGCCGAUUUUCACGAAGAUCAUAACGUUCCUGCCGUACUUCUUCAUCUGCAACAAAACCAAGAAAGCCUUGAGGUUCAUGGAGGAAAAUGAAGAGGCCGAUCUCUGGAACGAUCUCUUGCCCGGACAAGAGGUGUCGUUCUGGCCCGCCACCGAAUCCAUGAAGAUGAAAAUCCAGUGGAGAAAUAGCCAGCUGGUCUCGCAACACUUUGACAUCACGCGUACGGGCAAAACUGUGCUGAGAAUGGAUAACGGGUCGGCGCUGUGCGUGGAGAUCGAAGGCGGCGUGACUAUUCCGUACCGCAUAACAUUCCGAAGACACCUCGCCGGCGACAUACCCCUGAGAGUGGAUAAUCUCUGCGACAAACUGUUUCUGAAGCUGAAUCAAGUCGAUCUAGGCCAAGUCGCGCUGCUCAAACCGUUCCAGAGUUUGCUGUACACUUGGGACGAUCCUACUCAGACUAGAGAAUUGAUUUGGAACGUUUACAAUAAUAACGCCAUCGGCUACAAAGCGCAAUUCGAGACGGACGGUUGUGGACACGAAAGAGUGUACUUUAUAACCAUUGAACGACGCCACAGUGCGUCUCAUACUUCCAUCACUCCCAAAUCACUGGCGAAUACGAAGUCGUGGUCGGAGGACACGAACGGAAGUGUCAAUCACGUUCCUAGCGCGGAGUCCGAGGCGCACGUACACCAGGGUGAAACGGAGGUUUACUGGGUGAGCUACAUGGAAGGUGAGCAACGUGUGCUGCUGUUCACGCAGCACGAGAGCGUGUACCUGAAAGCGAGGAGCAUCAUCGAUCCCGAGGCGAGCAGGAGAGAAAUAUUCUUGUCAAUCGCAUCUAUCGGAAUCAGCGUUGUUGUACAGGAAUCCAAUCUUCAUAGCGCCAGACGAGAGUUACUGUACGCCAGUGUGAUUGACUCAGCCGCGCAUUGGGAGCUUUACUUUAGCAAACGAUGGAAGAAUCUGUCGCUGGAGUUGAGCGCUUGGCUGGAAAAUAAAUACGCGAAUUCGACGAAGACGGCACAGCUCGAGAAUUUCAUUGACGUUGACUUCACAAAAAUGCAGAUGACCAAACCGUUCUUUGGCAAGCUACGGAGAACGUAUUCGCCAGGUAUCUGGUUGCAUUGCAGAGAAUCCACGACGCUUCGUUACUUGCAGGGAUACGUUCAUAGAAUACAGAUCGAUAAUCAACUGACCGAAGCUACCUUUCCGGUAGUUCUGUACUCCAACUUGCAAAAAACUUUUGUGAAUUACGCUGGAAGCCGCAGAUUGAAACAUUGCUUAGAGUUCUCGUACCUGAAACAACGCAAAUUAAGAAGCAUUGUUUACAAAGGAAUAUGUAUCAUCGUCAGGGAGUUUAAUUUGAAUCUGGAAGAGGCCUUUCUGUGUUCCUUGAUCAAUUUGGUACCCAAGACACCGGAAACUAAACACUCGAUCGCCGCGAAACUCAGGAGAGACGUGUCCAAUAUUCGCGUUUCUUCGGACACAAGCAGCAAGAGGAAGGAUUUAAUAGAGCAGAUAUACAUCUCCCCGAUGGCGUUGCGCGUGAAAUUACUGGCCAACACGGACGGAACUAACGCGCGUAAUUUCAGCAAUGUGCUCGGUUAUCACAACGUUCUUCAAUUUAUUUUCGAGUACGCGGAGAGGGGUACGUUUGAGAGGAACGUUGAAUUUAGAUUACCUGACUAUCGAAAGAGUUUCAUGGCCGUGGACAGCAAACGAUUUCUCUCGCAUCUCUCGCGCGUUUACGUGGCGCAGAUUAUGGAGCAGUUUCACGUGCUGGUGCGCUUAACCACCGUCCUGGGAAAUCAGUACGGCUACAACUUUAAGUCGCCAGGGAGCAAUUUUCGCGACCCGGAUUUGCUAUUGAUGUGCGGAGACGAGUCUGCGGAAAGACUGGCGCACGAGGUCGCAUGCGAGCUGGGACAUGCUACGCCCGACGGUGUACAAGCCUCAUUUUUAAGCGGCCACGACGGUCACACGCUUCAUUACAAGAUGAAAGAUACGAAUUAUCGGAAUCCGGAUGUGCCGCCUUCGGUGUCGUUAGCCGAUCAUUCGUUCGCUACAGAAAUCGAUUUGGAGACCUCCGGCUUGAUCACUACGUCGACGAAUAGCAUUCAUCGAGAAGAAUUAAAAUAUUUCUUCAAAACAUUGGGAAAGAAAACGUCUGUGCUGUUUAAGGCGGAGAGCUCUUGCUUGAAAACCCAUUCGAAAGUAAUAGCAGAUAUGAUAAAAAGGGCGCAAGAAGUGGGCCUCGUAUCCAGAAUGCGAUUGCCACGAUAUAUUAAUCCAUACUUCGGCGUGGAGUCGUUCUCGGUGCACAAAGCGAAGGGAGCGUAUUUAUUGAACGCUAUAAGUAAAGGUCACUGCGUUCAGGACGAUUCUUAUUGGGGACACGCUGCGCUUCACAACGACGGAAAAUACAUUACGCUCGUAUCUCUGCAACGGAUAUACUACAUUGAGAAAGGAAGUGCAUGGGGAUCGUGGAACGUGAAAUGGACUUUAGAGACUAAUCAAUUGCUGUCACCACCAACCAUCGCUAAGAACAAACUUGUUUUGCAUCUGACGGAGAACGAGGAAGAGACGUCGUCGUCUAUGGUGGAUUGGUACGUGGAGAGCGAGGCCGCGGAUAUCCUGGACUGGCUGUGCCGCAAAAUGAACAAUGCAAUGAUCCUGAACAUGGAGAGCAGCAUUUGUUCCAAAUAAGAAUUCGGAGUUGGUCGACGAGGCCGCCGUAAGGGGGGAGACAAAGAACAAAGAGGAUGAAGAGAUCAAUGUAUUUACAUAUUUAGUUCGGCGUAAUAAAAGUCUAUACGGUGAAUGCAAAAAAAAUAAGGAAAAAA